CCGGCGGUGGACGCGCUGCGACACAACGCGGGGAAGGAGUACGAGGAAUUGUUGGAGGAGAUGCUCGCGGCGGAGGGGAUACCGUUCGUGACGGAGCGGGAUUUACGCGCGGACGGACACGCGCGGACGCCGGAUAUCAAACUCGAGGUGCCGAUCGCCGUGCGCGGGCGAAUAGUGAAUUGGAUAGACUCCAAGGCGUCGUUCAGCGAUCCUUUGGUGCACGUGGAGAAGGGCGUGGAACAGUUUCAGGGAUACGUCAACAGAUUCGGGCCCGGAAUGGUGAUUUAUUGGCACGGCAUCGUGGACGAGUUGAACGACGAUCCCAACGUCUUGCUCGUCGACGCGUUUCCUCACUCGAGCGACAUCGUCAAGCUU